AUGUCUCUGGAUCCUCCCACCUACCUCUCUUCGCUUCAGAACAACAUCCGCGCCCGGCCGAUUCCUUGGGAUGGAGCUGUUCGGGCUGGGACGAUCAGCGAAGAUCAAUUGAGCAAGAUUCGAGCAGUGGACAAGGUCAGGAAAGAGCAGAGGAAGCAGAUAAUCGAGGGCGAUCUGGAUGGCUACCGAGACCUCUUCUUAGGCGCUCCUGGGAAACGUAGUGUAUUAGAGUCUGCUGCGACAAGCGCACAUGUUGUGCAGUACGUCUUGGUGCUGCUGGGCGACUUACUCGAUGGAAUCCCCGCUCUCUCGAAAGCUCUUUCUGAACACCCAGAUCCCUACAAGCCCUUCCUACCACUUCUAGCACAGUCGAAUGACCCCGAGGGCCCCAUACCUCUUCUUACAUCUACAGUUCUUACAAGUAUGAUAGCUGGUGUACCAAGCCUGUCGGUGAAAGCAUCGUCGGCAAUGCCAAAACUUUUCUCGUACCUAUCGACCUUGACAAAGAAUACAGAUGGUGGUCUGCAAGACAUUGCGGUUCUGGAAUACUCUGCGCUGUUGCGGGGCAAGAAGUCAAGGGAACUAUUCUGGGACCAAAGGAGCGAGACGGUUGCACCACUAAUUGACAUCCUACGAGCCGCAGCCGGAGUUGGGUCUGGAGAUUCGGCUUCAACAUUGUGGAGUGGUACUACAAGUGUUCGAAGCGGUGUCGAGGGUACCCUGGGCGGCGGGGUUGGUCUUCAAUUACUCUACCAUGUUCUUCUAGCUCUGUGGCAGCUGAGUUUCGAGGGUGCGAAUAUUGGAGAGGGCCUCGAAGACGAGUACGACAUUAUUCCUCUGUUCACUCAACUCCUUCGACUGUCACCAAAGGAGAAGACUACGAGGCUGCUAAUAUCAUCACUUUACAAUCUGCUAUCCACAAACAAGCAAACCCUCUUACCAGCCGCUGUACUGGCCCGUCUCCCUGCAUUAUUGCAAAACAUCAACGGGAGACAUCUUACGGACACAGACCUUUUAGAAGACCUUCAAAGUCUCUCUGAAAUGCUCGAGGACUACACCAAGACCCAAACGACCUUUGACGAAUAUGCCGCGGAACUCAACUCGGGGCAUCUACGUUGGUCACCACCACAUCGAAGCCCAACCUUUUGGGCUGAAAAUGCUCGUAGAAUUCUUGAUCACGAGAAGGGUGACUUACCUAGAAAGCUAGCUGAAAUCAUGAGCAAGCCUUGGGACAAUGAUAGGCAGGUCCUUGCCAUAGCCUGUAAUGAUGUCGGCUGUCUAGUCAAGGAGGUUCCUGAGAAGCGGUAUCAAUUGGAGAAGCUGGGGUUGAAGACUAGGGUUAUGGAGUUAAUGCAGGAAAAAGAGGAGUCUAUCAGAUGGGAGAGCUUGAACGCUUUAUCGGGAUGGCUGAGGUAUAGCUUUGAGACAAAAUAA